GAUCCUUCAUCGACUCGCUGCACGGCGACCGUCUCUGGUGCUGCGUCUCUCUCGCCAGGAGCGCAGCUGUGGCAGCAGCGGCAGCUGUUGCGGCUGCAGCAGCAGGCAGUAAAGGAAGGUAUUCCCCUGGCUGCUGCUGUCCGACGUCAUUUUGGUGAUCUUACGGAUGAGGCUUUGGAGGCUUUUCAGAGGAUCCUGGCGCUCUCUGGGGAUCGCACCUUGCGGUCUGGAGGACGUCUUGGCGCCUCUAAUCGUGGGGGCGACCUCCCUAGACGGAUGGAAUCUGCGCGCGAAAAAAGUGCUCGCGGGAAUUUUUCGGAUGUCGGGACGGAGCGUUCCGAGGCGCCUUGUGGGGAGAGGAGUCGGAGCUGGAGGAGGUCUCGGGGAGCCUUCGUGACUGAGCCGCUGCGAGGGAGGGGUUUAGAGUCGAGCGAGAAGGAGAAGGACGAAGACAGCGUUCUUUUCAAGGAGAGAGCCUUUGAGGACGGCGUCUCGAGCAGGUGGCGUGGGGGCACUGGUAGGGGGGAAGCCACUUCUGCAGGCUCGGCGAGAAGCCGCUUCUCUGGCGCCAGCUGGCGGGAGGAAGUGGGGUCGGGAGAAGGCAGCAGCAGCAGCAGGGCCCCACAGAUCAAGGGGCAGGAGGCUGUGUCUGAAUCCUCUCUGACGAAGUUCGAGCAGAAACUGCUGCAGAUCAAUCAGCGGCGGUGGAGCGGCAGCGACGAGCCAACGGGCACCAGUCAUCCCCAGACGCCGUCUCUACCGGCAGAGACUCCACCGACAAGCGACACUCAGCGCAGUAGUCGGAACGAGGGAGCUGGCAGGGAUCUCGAAAGCACGGCAGACCUCAAUGCGCUCUCGGCUAUGGCUCUGCGGGCGCAUCUAAGAGGCGACGUCCAGGCAGCACGGCGUCUAGAAGGCCUCAUUGCUCUCAGGGGGUUAGAAGGAAAGGGGCUUAAACGUGCUGAGGAGACGGCUUUUGCCGCUGUUGUCUCCACCUCUGUCUCUGCGGCAGGGUUGCCUCAGAGGCAGAGGACUGAGACAGCGACGGCGCAAGGCGAUCUUGGUCCCAAGCGAAGGAGACACGGCGAUAUGCAGGCUUUCCCAGACCGAAUGUGGGGGGAUAGCGCGCAGACUAUCGCCGAAAUGACGCGGGAGGAAAAAGGCCUUAGUGCUGUAGCCAACGAGCGGCAGCUCAACAAGCGGAUUCUCGCAA